AAGAGCAUCUCAGCUGUCGUUCUUUUACCAGAAAAAGACCACAUCGAAUCAAUAAAUGGUCGGCGAAAAGAUGAUCCGGAGGAGCCGGAACCAAUCGAGUCAAAGAAGAGGCCGGCUUGUCGACGCUCGCCAUCUCGCACCAGCGCCUCUCGCUGCGUCGAGACAAAACCCCCUUCUGUGGACAUCAUCUCUACGUCUCUUCUUCCAUCUUGAAGCCGCACACCGGAGCCUCACGCAAUCUCGCCGGAAAAUUCCAAAUCCAACGGUCCCGCACUCCUCCGCCUUCCCCACCACUGACCCACAAAAGUCAAAGUCCGAUCGAUCGGUUCUUCGGUCAAGAAACGUACGAAAGUUUCGAUUUUGGGACUACCCAUUUAGAUUCCGAUUCGUGUUUUUAUUCGUUCGACAAGUUCUGACUUCCUACGAGCCGGCGCUGCUGCUGUGGUUUCCUCGCCGUCCCCCAACCGUACUGGAGAUCCCCUCCUUCUCGAUCUUCGCGCGGGCAUGUGGUCGCCGGAGAUCGGGCCCGACGAGCCCCUGACUCCGGCGGGGCGCCUGUUCCUCCAGAAGGAGAUGAACCAGGUGAUCUACUGCGUCGUCGGCGUGAAGCACCCCCUCGACGUCGACGCCCUCAAGUCGGCGAUCCAGAGCUCCCUCAUGGUGAAGCACCCUAGGUUCUGCAGCCUCAUGGUGCGGGACUCUGCGGGCCGGGAGCACUGGAGAAGGACCCGUGUGGACAUGGACCGCCACGUCGUCGUGGUCCACGGGCCCGUCGCCGACGGCCUCUCCGACGAGGCGGCGGUCAACGAGUACCUCGCCGACCUGUCCACCGACUCGCCGGGGCUCCUGGGCGACGAUAAGCCCCUGUGGGACGUCCACCUCCUGAUGGCCCACCGGUGCCUGGUGUUCCGGAUCCACCACGCACUCGGCGACGGGAUCUCGCUGAUGUCGAUGUUCCUGGCGUCGUGCCGGCGGGUGGACGACCCUGAGGCGCUGCCGACGAUCGGUCCACCGUCGUCGGGUAAGAGGAGGAGGGGUGGCGGCGGCGGCGAGUGGUGGAAGGCGGUAGAGAGGGUGUUGGGGGUGGUGUGGUUCACGUUGGUCUUCGUAGUGGAGUUCGUGCUGCGGAGCAUGUGGGUGAGCGAUCGGAAGACGCCGGUCAGCGGCGGCGCAGGGGUGGAACUCUGGCCGAGGAAGCUGGCCACGGCGAGGUUUCGGCUGGAGGACAUGAAAGUGGUCAAGUCAGCGGUCGCUAAUGCGACCAUUAACGAUGUUCUAUUCGGGAUCAUAUCGGCAGGCUUGUUCAGAUACUUGGACCACCGAUCUCCCGACGCCGUGCGGGAAGGGACUCGAAUAACCGGGGUGGCAAUGGUUAAUCUGCGAGAACAGCCGGGAUUGCAGGAACUAUCCAAUUUGAUGAAAGGCAACCCGGGACUGCGGUGGGGCAACAAGUUUGGGAUUCUCCUUCUCCCCGUUCACUACCACAGAAGCUCCGGCGAUCCUCUCGAAUACCUGAGAAAAGCCAAGUCGAUGAUCGACCGGAAGAAGAAGUCCCUGGAGGCUUACCUCUCCUACAAAAUCGGGGAUAUCGCCAUGACUUAUCUAGGAGCACGUAUCGCAAGCCUACUCAACUACAGGAUUGUCUGCAACACCACGUUCACCAUCUCGAACGUGCUCGGCCCACACGAGGAGAUCGCAGUCGUGGGCAACCCCAUCACGUACAUAAGGGCAAACUCCUCGAGUUUACCUCACGCGCUCACGAUGCACAUGGUGAGCUAUGCGGGGAGGGCGGACAUGCAGAUUCUGGUGGCUAAGGACAUCAUCCCCGACCCUGAUUUUCUGGCCAAGUGCUUUGAGGAUGCUUUGCUCGAAAUGAAAGCAGCAGCUUCUACUACCGUGAACUCGAAGAAGUAAAUAGAUAAACAUUCUUGUGAUGUUAGGAAGGGACAUCUGUAUCGUAUUCUUUCACAUGUGUGAUUAUACACAGGGAUUAAAAAAAAGAAAAUUGAUCCCACCUAUAUGAUGUUCUAUUGGGACAAGAAGAACCAUUUUAGGCCAUCAAUCUGAAUUUCGUCUUAUGUCUUACUUGUCAAUGAAGUUAGUAGGGUGUUCCUCUA